AUGCGUACUUUGGACUCUGAGUUCAGUACCGUCUUGAGGAACGCUUUGGCUACGAGUCAAGUAUUCAACAAGCGCUACCAAACUCGCGCCGGGAUAACAAAUGCUAAUGUCCCCGCGACUGGAGUCAAUCGGCAGGACGACCCCAUCCAGCUGAAAGAACUAAUGACAAUGGCGGAAGAAAUGGCGUCGACGUUGAGUAACAAAGACGAAAUUCCCAUCAUCGCGCGACCUCCCAAGGUUCGUUUCGACUAUGAGACUAGUCCACCCAACCAUGCUAAGGUUGAGGAGUUGGAAAACUCGAUUUCCAACUUGAAGGAUUCAUUUCUUCUACACCAAAAAGAGCUACAGACUCAGUUGCAGGAAGCGUUGAAGACGUUCGUACAGACUGCUCGCGAAGCGCCCAUACAGCGGUCGCGGCCAGUAGGCAACAACUCUUCUGUGCCCCACUUCGAAAGUCGCGCACAAGGAGGAGCUGCCGCACGGAACGACGACUGUCGCUACUGUGGACAAACUGGUCACUGGUCGAACGAGUGCCCACUCAAGAGGUCUCACAUUGAGAAAAACCUUCUCAAAGUCGACACCAAAGGGAUGUGGAGGCUCUUCGACGACAGUUUCCUACCAAAUGGAGAAGGGACUCAGGGACAACGAGUAGAGGCUUACUGGAAGAAGAAGGGCAAGUCCGUCAACUUCCAAGACUCCUACUACUUGGAUCAGUUCGAUAGCCGCGACAAUGAUGAUAUGUCCAACUACCCUGAAGAAGUGGCAGAUGAGAUACGCUCCCUUCGAAGUCAACUCAUCCAAUAUGAGAAGAAGUCGUCGCGGCCAACCCCAGAGAGUCGCGCUGAGCCAAAGACUCAAAGAGCUGCAUCUGGUUCAACCAGCAAUGCAAUGGAAAGUGUCAUGGGCCAAUUCAUGCAGAAAGCCAUGACCGACGCCAUGGCCGGCUACUUCAACAACAUGAACAGUGGUUAUCCUCAGACUCAGGAGCAGUUCAUUCAAACCCGUCGUGGUGCGAAUAGCCAACCUGAGCGCGACAAUAAGAACUCGGGUUUCUAA